UUUUCAGCUCCUGCUUUCCUGCGUGCUGACUUCGGCCCGUGGAACGAGUUCUUGUUUUUUCGUGGGCCAUACACCGCAGAAGAACACGUCAUCAUCGAUACCAGGCACGUUCCUCGACACCGGUAUGAUGACACCGAGACACGCCGACGCCAUGGAUCAGCCCCUUUUCAUCGAUGCCUAUCACUCGUCACCGUCAUCGACUCUGGCUCACCCUGGUGGCCAGAUGGCCUCUCCUGCUUUCCUGCGUGCUGACUUCGGCCCGUGGAACGAGUUCUUGUUUUUUCGUGGGCCAUACACCGCAGAAGAACACGUCAUCAUCGAUACCAGGCACGUUCCUCGACACCGGUAUGAUGACACCGAGACACGCCGACGCCAUGGAUCAGCCCCUUUUCAUCGAUGCCUAUCACUCGUCACCGUCAUCGACUCUGGCUCACCCUGGUGGCCAGAUGGCCUGUAUUUAUACGCCGCUACACAACUUUUUCGCCAGUGGGCAUGGCGGCACGACAGCAGUGCGCAACAACUCAAUGAUCACCAUGUAUUUUCAGCUCCUGCUUUCCUGCGUGCUGACUUCGGCCCGUGGAACGAGUUCUUGUUUUUUUGUGGGCCAUACACCGCAGAAGAACACGUCAUCAUCGAUACCAGGCACGUUCCUCGACACCGGUAUGAUGACACCGAGACACGCCGACGCCAUGGAUCAGCCCCUUUUCAUCGAUGCCUAUCACUCGUCACCGUCAUCGACUCUGGCUCACCCUGGUGGCUAG